CCAUACUUCCAUUGAUAUUUUUAUUGACUAAUAUAGCAAUAACCCUUAUAAUGAAGACCUGGAUUGAGCCGGUGGUUGCUGGAGCCCAGGUUGCUGCAUCAUUCUAUGACACUGGAUUGCUAAUGGUGGUCAGAAAUCAUUAUAAUAGAACUAUUGCGGCUUCCAACAUUUCUGAGGAGGAUGCAUUACAAAAAGGCAUCUCUAAUUUUUACAUAACAUACAAUGUGAUUAUGGGUUUAACCCCAAUUCUGUCUUCCUAUAUUCUGGCAAAAAUAGGUGACAAAAUUAGUAGCAAGAUCCCAAUAUGUAUACCGCUGGCUGGAUACCUAGUAUCAAGGGCUUUCCUAUUACUUGUCAUUCUUUUGGACUGGCCUAUAGAGGUGAUGUUUGGUUCUGCUGCUUUAAAUGGUUUAACUGGGUGGUUCACAUCCUAUUGGGCUGGAGUUAUGGCCUGGGCCUCACAGUGUUCCUCGGAGAGCAGAAGAUCUCUUAGACUCAUCAUCAUUGAACUAGUGUAUGGAUUGGCAGGCUUUGUUGGCAGUUUGAUAUCCGGUCACAUAUUUAUCAAUGUAUACUUUACAAAUCAUCAAGGUGCCAUCCUUGCUUACUGCAGCACUGCCUGUUAUGCAUUGUGUGUCCUUUACAGCAUUUUUGUUUUAAGACCACCUGAAAAAACUGAAGCCGAAGAAACAAACAAUGAGGACAAAAUCAUCAAAGGAAGUCAAAAUGAUCAAAUGAACUCAGAACAAUGCAGUUUGUUGACUGAGAAGUCCACUGAUGUCCGUGUACCUGACAAUCAAAGCAACAUGUCACCAUCAAAAUGGAUGCUUAUUACCAUGUUUACCAGUGCAAUCGUAUUUAACGUGGCUCUUACUGCAACAGAAGAUGUGAUUAAUGUAUUUGUACUAAAAAAGCCCUUAAGCUGGGGUCCAGUUGAAGUUGGUUAUGGUUACGCUGCAACCUACAUGACUUAUAUCACUAGCUUCUUGGGCGUUUUUGUUCUUUCCAAGUGUUUGAGUGAUAUGAGCCUGAUAAUUAUUGGAAUGCUGUCCUUCAGCUCCGGGAUACUUAUAAUGGGCUUUGUGCGCUGGACUUACAUGUAUUACAUUGCUCGGGCGGUGAUGAUGUUCUCUCUGAUUCCUACACCAACCAUCAGAUCAGUGAUUUCUAAACACAUUCAGGGAUCAUCAUACGGUAAAACAUUUGUUGCACUUCAGCUAGGAAUAGAAGUUGUUGGUGUGGCUUCUUCUGCUGGAUUCAACAAGCUGUAUCAAUACACCUUAGACUGGUACAGUGGAAUCUGCUUCAUUGUCUUCAGUGUUCUUGGCUUCUUCUGUAUUAUUCCCAUCAGUAUGGCAGCAUGCAAGCUAAGCUCAGACGCAAAGGAUGGCAGAACAUUAAUACCCGGACAACAAACACAUGGAACUACUAUAAAUUAACUUUAAUACUUUAGUUAAUUAACAAAUGACAUAUUAUAUAUAUAGUUUGAGAACUAUCUCUCUAUCUAUUCAUCUAUCUAUCUAUCAUCCAUCCAUCUUUCUAUUUCUUUUUUUGUAUUACCUCAUAUAAUUGUUAUAUUGAGUGCUAGUAACUGUUAGUUUUCUUCUAAUCAAAGCUUUCAGAUUUUUUGUAACAGCAGCCUUGUCCCUGGUAAUUCCUUUUCCAGGAACUUCCAAAGUUUCUGCAGUUG